AUUCGCGAAUGAAAUAACCAACAAACAAAAAAUAUAUACAUUUAAACCAAAGCAUACAACAAACCAACAUCAACGUAUAAAUGCAAAUAUAAACAAACAUAAAACAAACAAAAAAUAUGAUGCAAAUUCGUAUGAAAAACAAUUAGCAACAUCCACAAGCUCUUCAAUGGUUGAGCCACGAUUUGAUUCAGUUUCUUCAACACCAGAACCGACGCCAGAGUCGUCGCAGCUCCCAGAGCUACCACACAGUCCCGCACCGCAGCUGGAGAAGCCGAGCGCCGAGGAGGUGGCCAGAGCAGCAAUCGAAGCGGCUGUUGCCAAUGGCAUCACCAGCAUCACCACAACGACCACCACCAACAAAGUUGUGGAGACCACUGAGCCAAGCAGUCCGAAUGCCAAUUCAGUGGCUGCAACAGCAACGGCAACAGCAGCCACAACAGUGAAGACAGAGGAGACGAUUCGUGAAGUGAUUGCAGAUGCCAAGGAAACAACAACGACGACGACGACGACAACAACAGCCACAAAAACAGUGAAUGGCAACAAUAAUGAAGAAGAAGCUACAGCAGCAGCGAUCAACAACAGCAGCAACAGCAACAGCUCGAAUUCAGCGCCAGCGAGCAGCACAGCAAAAGAGCCGGGAAAGCAGCCAAAAGAACUGCCGGAUGGUCAGUUGGGUGCCAAUGGCAAUUCGAGUUCGCUUGAGGAGCAUAAGCAAAAGAAACUAGAUGCCAACACAGCUGAUUUGCCACCUGGUGUGCUAUAUCGCGUGAAGGCGACCUACGGCUACGUUAAGGAAGAUGUCGAUGAACUGAGCUUUGAAAUUGGCGAUACCAUACGUGUCAUUGAGUACGACGAUACCGAGUAUCAGGUAAUGCUAUCCAAGCUAUCCACCAUGCUUGCCAAUCCAUGUACCGUGUUUCAUCUCUUCCCCCAAUCAUUGAGAAUUAACGCAUACGCUCGUUGCCCCUCCAAAUGCACGCGGAUGCACAUUUAUUCGACACAGUGA